AUGACAGACGACAAACCAUACCCCGAGAUGUCUCGUGAGGAUAGCUGGAUGGAUACGCAAAGGCCACAGGAGUAUACCGAAAAGUCCUGCCUACGCAUUAAUCCUACGAACAAAGAAAUCAAUCAAAGAUUCUACGCUGUACUACCAUUCUUCAAAAAGGACCUCUCAAACUCAGCAUUCUUGAACAAGUUUAGAGCGACAGUGCGUGAGUUUUUAGAAGGCGAUUCGCUGGACCAAGAGACAGCUGAGUACACAGCUGUGCUGACUCCACUCGUUCUACUGCAGAGCUAUAGAGAUGCCUGGUGUCUUUUGGAAAGGUUCCACCGAGCGCUGCGUCUGUAUCAAAUGUCUCAUCCCACAGAAAAGCGCGCUUCGUUGAAAUUGCUAAAGAAAUUUAGAGCAGUGGAUAAAAAGGUCCGAAUAUUCGUCUCGCACCUACCAGGCUCAGCCGCUAACCAAUCAACGACACCCGCCUUCGCCUUGCCAGAACCCGACGACGAACCAAUUCAUGACAAAGAAGAUUUUCGCUUCUUUAAAGAGCUGGCAAAAAACUUCGAUGGAUAA